AUGGCAACUUCUUCCGUUGGUGGUGCUGGGAAAGAAUCUGAAGGUGUUGAUUUCAAAUAUCCUAGCUGGGAUGGAGACUGGGCGAAAUGGCAAGACUAUCAACUGAGGGUUGAAUUGAAAGCUGAUGGCAUGAAACAGGAGGACUUGCCAUUGCUUGGGCCACGCCUUGCAUCCAAUCUCACUGGACGGGCCUUUGAGGCCAUAGUUGAAAUCAACAGGACUGAGCUCAAGAAAGAGAAUGGUCACAAGUACCUUUUGUCCUUCCUGGAGAAGACACAUGGAAAGGAGAAGAUUGACCUUCUCGGUGAAGCUCUGCAAGAGUUCUUUGUGAAGAAGGAUGUGUAUCGUAGAGACUUUGAGGAGCUUUCGGACUAUGAGCCUCGCUUCAAGGCCAUGAUCCGCCGCCUAGACAAGGCGUUGAAGGAGUCAGGUGCUGAAGGAAAGAUGCCAUCCGAAGUGUAUGGAUGGUAUCUGGUCAACAACUACAUGAGGAUGGAACCAUCGGACGUGGCGAACAUCCGUGGAAGAUCAGAGAGCUACAAGCACACUGACAUCCUUGCUGCCUUGCAUCGCAUGUGGAGUGGUGGUGGAUUGGCGGCCAAAGAUAGUGAGACAAAGAAAAAGAAGAAAGAAAGCAAUGGUCAUGCCAUGGUCGUGGAGGAUGAAGACAUGGUGGAAGAGGAAGUUUUCCUAGCCAAUGAAGACGAUGAAUUGGCUGUCUGGUAUGAUGAGUCUCUCAGUGCCUUCAUAGAUGAUCCCGAGGAUGAUGAGGUCCUUGCAAAUUUUCGGGAUGCACGACGGGCUUUGGGACAAGCUCGCACAUCCCGGGGCUUCUACCCGGUGAAGGACCCGAAUCUGAAUCGGGGAUCGGGCUUUGCAACCUCCAAAGGACGUGGAAAAGGUCGAGGAUUCAAUCGUGACAAUCAGUUUGCUGACAAAAUCUGCAUGCGUUGUGGGAAAAAGGGUCACAUUGCCAGGACAUGCCCUCAGAAGGGCUCGGGUAGUGAUAGACCUCCAGCGGCCAGCAGCAUUGGCUUCGUGGGUGUGGUGAUGGAGCAGGUCCAGUGGGACGAUCAACCUCGUCUCAUUGGGAGCGUGGAUGCACCACCCUUCCAUCGUGGUAUGGCCAUCCUGGAUAGUGGGGCAUCUGACAAUGUGAUUGGUGUCAACACUCUCCAGGAGCUUGCAGAUGUCUUUGCAGAAUUGGGCUACGAUGUGAGCCAGACCAUUGAAGUUGACCGGAAGAUGCACAAGAGCUUUGUCUAUGGCAGUGAUCACACUAGCACUGCUUUGGGACUUGCGCACUUUGAGGUGGGAAUCUCAGGAUAUCGCAUUCCACUGUCAGUGCAUGUGGUCGAGGGCAACACGCCUUUGCUCUUGAGUGCAAAGUUCAUGUAUGACAUGAAGAUGGAUGUGAAUUUCCGUGAAGGUGUCGCAGUGGUCCAUGCUCUGUCAGACGAAUCCAUGCAACUGGUGCGUGGACCUGGUGGACACUUGAUGCUUCCCAUCACUGCCUUUCAGAUGAAUGAGACGAGCCCUGAUUGCGCAACUCCGUUGACAGCUGAGAAGAGUGAGCCGGCUUCUUGUGAUCAAGAUGUUCUGAAGGAACAUGGCGCCAUCCAAAAGGGUGCACAGUCCAACCACACGCGGGUGGAGAGCAUCCUCUUCAUGCUCAGAGCUGGGGAGUUCAGGUUGGUUAGGACUUGUCAUCGAAAUCUAGGUCAUCCUGGUCAAGAGAGUUUCCUUCGGCUUUUGCGGGACGCUGGUGCUGAUCAGAAGAUCAUUGAUGUGGCCAAGACUUUCACUUGCCGUGAGUGUCUGCUGAGGGGACGAAGAUCUCCGACUAGGUAUGUUGAUAUCAGUCAAGAUGAUUUGUCUGAACUUCAAAAAGCGAUUGACAUGGAAGAAAACCGACCUCACUUUCGUGCCUUCAGCAAGAAAUCUUUGGCUGAGUUGCAAAGGCCUUUAGAAGAACGCGUUCCCAUCGAGCUGGGAAACCUGGAGAUGACGAGCGGUCGUCAAAAAGGCAAGCUUUACAAAAACAUCUUCGAGGACCGCUCCUACAACGACUGGGUCGUGGCACACACCAAGAAUCUGGACCAGGCCAGCAGUCACAUGAAGGGUUACGUGAUUUACCUUCAACGUCGGCUGAUUCAAGAACAGGGAUUGGAAGGAAAAGAAGACCUUCUACCUCAGUCGACACCUAUGAAGACCGAGAAAGGCUACAAGAACUCGAAGUCAGAGCCGCUCGGAAAGGACCAGAGCCACCAUCAGGAGGAGGACGACGGGAUGAGUCAGUGGUCCCGCAUCGAGGACUUGGAGCAGGACAUCACCGAACUUCGUCAGAACGGAGUGAACCUGUACCAACGGAUGAGCCAGAUGGAAGGCACCAUGAACCAGAUCCUGAUCGCCAUUCAGACCAUGAGCGUGAAGGAGCAGUAG